AUGCAGCUCUUUCUCUUCGCAGUCCUUGCCCUGGUGAUUGCAGUUAACGCCCACAACGUUCCCAAAGGCCAAAUAGCCCACAAAGCCGCCCUCUCAUCCCGCUGCGCUUCACACGUCGCCCACAACAAUCAGAAACGCUGGAAGCGCUCCUUCAGCCCCUCCAUCAGCAACACCACCGUCCCCAUCCGAACUCAAGGGCCCUACUACUCAACUCUGCAAAACGAAACAUGCGUCCUCUCCCCCGAGAUAACCGCGGGUCCAUACUACUGGCCGCACUCACAAACACUCCGACAGGAUAUGACUGAGAACCAGGUUGGAGUGCCACUCUGGCUUGACAUCGGAGUCAUGGACAUGGCUACCUGUCUACCCUUAGAGGGCGUGAUGGUCGAUCUGUGGCACUGUAACGCGACGGGGAGUUACUCGAGCUUCAGUGCCCUGUCGCCUGAUACGCCUUUCCCGGAGUUAUUGGCGGAACAAGGGAAGAACAUCUCCGAUUUCGUGGUAGGUGAAACAGAUCUGCAUACUGAUGCAGAGACAUGGUUGAGAGGAAUGUGGCCAACGAACGAGGAGGGCCUGAUGCAGAUGAAGACUAUAUUUCCUGGGUUUUACGUCGAACGCUCCAUCCACAUCCACGUUCAAGUCCACACCAACUGGACCGUCCGUGAGAACGGCACGCUCGUGUUCGAAAACACCGUCAGUACCGGACAAUUGUAUUUCGACGAAGAGCUCGAAGAGAAGAUCAUGGCGUUGGAGCCUUACGCGUCACACGUGGAAAUUAACCGCACUACCAAUGCGGAAGAUAUGGAAUUUUCCAAGGGCAUGGCGAACGGGUACAACCCGGUUGUUUCAGUGGUGCAGAUUGACGAUGAUGAUAUUUCAAAGGGGUUGAUAGGGUAUAUCACUAUUGGAGUGGAUAGCUCAGCUAUUAGGGAUGAGCAUUGGUCUGCUGCAUAG